AAUCUAUUUUUUUUUUCCUGUUCUAAUCCAAUCAUAUAAAAUACUAAACCCUUCAAGCCAUUUUUCGUUUUCCUAAAAUUUAGGUCUCCAUUUUUUAAUUUGUGCGAUCGCGUCUUACCAUCAUGGAUUCAUUCUUCAACAAAGGCUUCAAAGCUGCUAAAUGCAAAACUUUACUGAAGUUAACGAUUCCGCGGAUAAAGUUAUUAAGGAAUAGGAGAGAGAUUCAGAUAAAGCAGAUGCGCCGCGACAUUGCCAAGCUUCUUGAGACUGGCCAAGAAGCUACUGCUCGAAUUCGGGUGGAACAUAUAAUAAGGGAAGAGAACAUGAUGGCUGCUCAGGAGAUCCUCGAACUGUUUUGUGAGCUUAUUGCCGUCCGGCUUCCGAUCAUAGAGACUCAAAGGGAAUGUCCUCUAGAUUUGAAGGAAGCAAUAUCUAGUGUUUGUUUUGCUGCACCAAGAUGUGCCGAUCUACCAGAGUUGCUGCAGGUUCAAAUGCUAUUUGCUUCCAAGUACGGGAAGGAAUUUGUAUCAGCUGCAUCUGAGCUGAGGCCAGAUUGUGGUGUUAAUCGUCAGUUGAUAGAAUUGUUAUCUAUACGUGUUCCUUCACCUGAAGUAAAAUUGAAGAUUCUGAAAGAAAUUGCUGAAGAGCAUGAGUUGGAAUGGGAUCCAGCUGCUACUGAGUCUGAGUUUUUCAAACCACAUGAAGAUUUAUUGAAUGGCCCAACAAAUCUUGAGACUGGGUCUAAGUUACCCCCUCCUGUGGAGAAACAUGAUGAAGCAUUCACUUCUGCCGCUAAUCGUGCUCAAACCGAGCAGCCUGAUUCUGAUUCGGACUUUGACCCAUUAGAUUUUCCUCAAGUUCCUAAUGUGUCGUUGAAGCCAAGCACUAAUGCUGCAUCAGCACCGGUAACUAACCCACCGUCAUCAGCUGCUCCAGAACCUGAAAUUGAUCAUUCAUCUAGACAUUCUGGAGCUUCAAGACAUGUGUUACAAAUGUCCCCUUUGGAGCCCGAUAUGACGCAAGAACAUUCAUUAACCAAGGAAAGUACAAUGCCCAACGAUCCAGCUGGAGCCAAAGAAAAUAAACAAUUUCUGCCAUUCAUUUCUCCUCCACCCGUAUCUGCUUCACCAAUUUCUGAAAGACCAAGUGAUCCAACACCUGCGAUUUUGAAAACAAAUAGCGAGGCCAACAUAGAUCUGGAGGAUGUUUUAGCUGCUGCUCAGUCAGCUGCUGAAACUGCUGAGCGUGCUGCAGCUGCAGCUCGGGCAGCAGCAAGUCUUGCACAAGUCAGAAUUGCCGAACUUACACAGAAAAGGAAUGGCCAGGUCAACGAGGGUAGCUCUGAAAACAAUUUUCAUACAAAUAUCCCUCAUCAACCAGCUAGUAUGGAAAACCCGAGUUUUGAUCAUCUACACUCUUUUACCUAUCCCAUUGAUGCUUCGUAUUCUUCGGACUCCAACACGGUACGUCAGGAUCAGGAGAACAAGGGAUUUGAGGCAGCAGAUGUUCCUUCAGUGAGCAAAUCUAAAGAAGGUUUGGAUUCACCGGUUUCCAGAGACGAUGCACUUGAACAAGAGCAGCAUCAACAACUGCCGCAGAGAUUGCCGUCUAUGAAUGAUGAUUUCUUAUAUCCAAACCUUUUUGGAUCUGGUGAUUCUUUUAAACGUACAUAAUUCCCCUACUCGUUACGGCUACAGUGGGCUUGUGUUGGUUGGAUUUAAAUUAUAACAGUUUCCAGAUAUGGUGUCCAUCUUCUGCUUCCUUUUUUUUUUUUUUUGUAAAAUAGUCGGAAAAAACGUUGCCUUGGAAAUAAAAGUAUCUGCUUUUUUUUUUU